AUAGUACAGGGAUAUCACCUAGUAAAGAGAGUCGAGCACCCUGAGGUGUGUUUGUGAGGAGUGUGCAGCAGGGAGCGCUCUUGGUCAACCUCACCCGGACCGGAAGUGACGUCCUCUGCCGGAGGAACGCGGAGGAACAUUUAAAAAAUACUGCCGCUCUCCCAGGAAUUAUCUACAUUUAACAAUUGCUGUUUUAAUGUAGGCGUGUUUUAAUCAUAGUUUCAAAAACUUUCAAGAGUGUCCCUUUCUUAAUAAAAUCACCCAAACCGGAAUGAAAAGGUAGAUGAGGACGUGGCUGUACUCUGACCAAUCACAGCCGUCUGCUGCGAGGCUGGACCAAUCACAGCCCAGUGCGCUGUCACCACACGAGUCGGUUAGAGAGCUGUUCUUGCUUUCGAUGGCGUCUGUGGAGCUCAGGAAGAGUCUGGAGGAGCUUCUCCAGCGACUCGAUAUCGACACGAUCUGCGUCGAGCAUCCCGAGGUGUUCACGGUGGAGCAGAUGAUGCCACACCUGUCUCACCUGAGCGGCAUGGCCACUAAGAACCUGUUCCUGAAGGACAAGAAGAAGAAGCGCCUGUGGCUGCUGAGCGUGCGUCACGACCGCGAGCUGAACCUGAGCGAGGUGUCCAGACGUCUGGGGCUGGGAGCGGGGAACCUGCGUCUGGCAGACGAGGCCGUGAUGCUGGACGCGCUGCAGGUGGGUCAGGGCUGCGCCUCGGCCCUCGCGCUCUUCUGUGACACCGACCGCAGCGUGACGGCCGUGCUGGACCGAGACCUGACCCACGGCGAGCACCAGCGCCUCUACUUCCACCCCAUGACCAACAGCGCCAGCCUGGGCCUGAGACCGGACGACCUGCUGCGCUUCCUGACCGAGACCGGACACCCGCCCGUCAUCCUGAGCUUCGACUGAGAGGACACACAUCACCGCUCCAGGACACACAACACUGGUCUGACGAGGAGUGUUUUAAAGUCUAAUUUAAUCUGAUUAGAAGUACUCCUCUGAUCAGUUUUACCAGCUCUGUGUAACAAACAUGUUCUCCUUGAGUGAGAAUAAGACAGGCGUCGUGACGUUCAUCACACUGAUUUAAUUUAUGAAAAGAGGAAUGAAGCGGUAUGUGGCGUUCACACAGGAGUAACGCUGUCUUUUGGCACACACACGCAUGCGCACGCACUCUCUCUCACACACACACACACACACACACACACACACACACA